UGGCGCCCAAGUAGCAGCCUUUAACUUGUAUCUUGGGAAGUAUCGAACAGCGCGUUAGAUCUUCGUCAAUAAACACAUCUACCGCGUUUCAGGAGUGAAAAACAUUGGUCUUAGAUCGUCUGGAGUCUGCAGUGUGUCAGGUUCGCCAUGCCAGAGGGCGAUGAUUUGAUGCCGGGUUUGAGUUCACAGCAGAUCCGCAGUAGCAGCAGCGGUGAUGAGUUUGUUCCUCCUGAUGGACUCUGCUGGAUCUCUGUACUGUCCUGUUUACUGCUCGCUUGCUCCUAUGUUGGAAGUUUAUACGUCUGGAAAAGUGACUUACCAAGGGAUCAUCCGUCAGUGAUAAAGAGGCGUUUCACUAGUGUGCUGAUUGUGUCAGCUUUGUCUCCACUCUUUGUGUGGGGAUGGAAAGAGUUCACAGGCAUUCAGCCUACUCCAUCUUUAUUAGCUCUCAUGGGACUCCGAUUUGAGGGCCUCAUUCCAGCUGUCAUUCUUCCCCUCAUACUGACCAUGGUACUGUUUCUGGGUCCUCUUAUCCAGCUGGCCAUGGACUGCCCCUGGGGCUUUAUCGAUGGAAUCAAAGUGGCUGUUGAUCCACGCUUCUGGGCGUUAUGUCUGAGUGACAUGCGCUGGCUGAGGAAUCAGGUGGUGGCACCGCUAACAGAGGAGUUGGUGUUCCGCGCUUGUAUGCUACCCAUGCUGGUGCCCUGUGCUGGACCCUCCACCGCUAUCUUCACAUGCCCACUUUUCUUUGGUGUAGCACAUUUUCACCACGUGAUUGAGCUCCUGCGUUUUAGACAAGGGACAAUCUCAGGAAUUUUUCUUUCUGCAGUGUUUCAGUUCUCAUACACAGCAGUAUUUGGAGCUUACACUGCCUUUAUAUUUCUCAGAACAGGUCACCUGGUAGGCCCUGUGCUGUGUCACUCAUUCUGUAACUACAUGGGUUUUCCUGCAUUGAGUUCAGCACUGGAACAUCCACAUCGCCUUACUGUUUUGUCAUUCUAUGUGCUGGGAGUGUUGCUCUUCCUGCUCUCUCUCUUCCCCAUGACUGACCCGCUCUUCUAUGGCUGGCCCACACCAGUCUGCACUCUUGCCUCUUCACUAGGCUCCCUCUGCUCCUAAUUUUCCACAUUCCACAAUGUUCUGCUCUUCUUCAGGACCCGUGCUCUUUCGGACCUAAGAGGUCACCUGUGUCACCAGGAUGUGCAGUGUAAUGAGGAUUACAAGGGCCCCAUGGAAGGUAUGAAAACUCCCACACUGUAUCUGUGGGCAUGCUGGACAAGGUCUGUGUACUCACCAGAUCACAAGAAUUGCUCUUCCUCCGUGGAUCGGGCCAAUAAAGUCAAUAAGUCAGACUUUCCGACAGUCAGUUGGAACAGUUUAGAGAAGACGGGUAUUUAUACAUUGCUGCAUGUUCAUUGUGUUUAUAUGCUAAUAUAUUUGGAUUUGGGUUUACUUGGAUAUAGUAUUUUUAUUAUUUUAUUGUUCCACUAAGAAGGGUUCUACACUGUAUGUUGCAUCGCCACAGGGGGAUGGAUGACUUCUUUUUGUUUUUGAAUUCUCUUUGCUCAAAUUAACAUAAGCUGCUUUGUCCGGUGCUAGUACUUGAAGAGCAGUGUUUAGAUCUGCCCUGAAACGUUUAGCUUUACUCAAAUGUUUUUAAAUACCCCAUAUAGCAGGACUUAGCUCAUUAACAGGUGCAUUUCAUGGCUCAUCCAACUGUAACCUAUUCACAUAAGUUAAAUCUAGGGUUGUAAUUUGAAAAAUUAUUUUAAUCUAUUCACAUAAGUUAAAUCUAGGGUUGUAAUUUGAAAAAUUAUUGUAAGUCACUUUCAUAGUAGGGCAUAGACUUUGGCUAGAUAUAUGUGUAACUGACCUCAUGCCAGACAGCUUAUGCCAUUUAAUUAUAGAUCAAUGCGCAACAGAAAGCUGUGCAUGGAUCCAAAGCUACCUUGUCUGUUUUUGUUACUUCAGACAGUUAUUUAUAGCAUAUACCAGCUUUCUGGAUGAUGGCAGACCAUUUAUAUAAAGAGAAUUUUUAAUAACAUAUUUGAGACCAGUGAAAUCUCUAGUUACAUAUGUGACCGUGCUUCUAUGAAGUCCGGAUAACCACUCGGGGUGGUGUGAAACACCCGGAAACUUCCUUGUUCGCAUAGGCACUCAUGCCAAGCCCUUCUUACUCUGGAACCUUCUCAAUGAGCUGGUGCUGGUUCCAAACAAGGAACCCUGGCGAUUAUCCUGGGUUCAUAAAACCACAGUUACUUACAUAACUACCAUUCUAUUUCACCUCUUCUGACAGCUAAGGGUGGUGUGAAACAUUUGGAUAGCCUAUGUCAACAAUAUAAUGAGAAAGUGAAUAGUGACACCCAGGUAGCAGCAGUACAGACUUCUUGGCACAUCUCUUAAUAAGGCCCAUGGAGGAGACUGUCCUUAUAGAGUGGUAUGUCACCUUUAGGGGCUAGGCACCCAGCCCAUCCUAAAGGAAUGAUUUUGAUACCACCCAGUAGUAUCUACUUGAUACCACCCAGCCUCUUUUUAGACAAGGGAGUUAUUUUCGCCAUAACAAAUAAAUAGUGUCUGAGGAUCAGGCUGGUGUCCAAAUGAAACCCUAUGAAUCUUCUGUUCAUGGUGAGGUGAGGCCAGUUGUGGGCCAGUGCGUCGGAGAACCACAACCAACAAUGCAUUGAAUCAGCAAAGGGGACCACCUGCACCUUGUCACACCUUUGCCAGAUCUGGACUAUGAUUUUUGGGUGCAGAUGUACAGGCUAUCAUCCAUGAAUGGGCUUACCUGGGAAGAUUUUAUGCAAGACAGAGUUGCUCAACCCCCUGCUACCCUGAUGGUUCAUACUGCUGACCAUUGCAACAUUGUCUGAAUGGACCAACAUAUGGCAUUGUUUCAGAACCAGCAAGAAGAUUUUGAGGGCCAGAUGGAUUGCAAUUCCAGUUGGUUGAUGUGUUUGAUGAGGUUACACGAGGGGGCCCCGUUAUCCUGUGGCAUCACAUCGCUACCAGAUGGCUGCUGUCAUAAGUCUCUAGCAUCCUCUACAGGUAGUGAUAUUUCACAUACUGGUCUGGCAUCAUGCAUCGGGGUGCUGUGGUGGAUAGCAUUCUCAGUAAAUCUAGCCUCUAAUGAAUAAUUCACAGUCAGACCAAGCACCAAGUACUGUAAACCUGGAUGGUCUGAUCCUUGGUGGGGGCCAGUUGUCUAAGUAUGGCAGUGACUUGGUGGCCUUCAGAGUAGAUAAGAACGGACUUUGAAUUGGAAUGCCUGGCCUUGGAAGUCAAACCUUAAAACGCAUCUGUGUUUAGGGGCAAGGGGUCACACUGCACAGAUCCACAGAUGCGAACCAGUCUUUUGGCUGUUUGGGCUGAAGGCUCCACAAGUUCCUUUGGUGAGAGUGCAUGGGAUAGAUGAGGGGCACUUGGAUCUCCCUGCCUAAGGUUGGUGGGAGGCAGGGGAUUCCUUUGUGGGCAUUGCAACACUUGCCACCAAAAAAGGCCCUGGAUAGGAGGGCACAGGUUUCGUAAUCUUGAAAUCAAGUAUGGCCAUAUGGAGUAUUUGUGAGGCAUGCACAAGGAGAUGUUUCACGCCACUCCUGGAGGUUAGGAGGGGUGAAAUAGAACCACUUUAUGCACAACUAGACCGAUUGCUUUUACGUGUUGUCCAUAAGGAGAAGUAUAUUUUAUUGGUGUGAUACUCAACCUUUAAUAGUGAGUUUACAGUAGGUUUUGAUGCUCAAGCCAUUGAAAAGACAAAGAAAUAAAACAAUUAUACUAUCGUAUGCCAUAUGACAUGUAUGGUCAUAGAAAAAACAAAGGCCAGUAUUUCUUUACUAACUAAUGAGUCAUCUUUUUCAUUCUGGUGGAACUGAUAAAAAUAGUUUUAUUGUUUUAUGCAUGACUGAAGAUGGAGGAAGCUCAUGUAAGCAGUUCUUCAUUAUGAAAUUACACUCUGACCACUACACUGCAUGCUGUUACACUGCUAGCCUGUGGAUUUUGGAGCUGUACUGAAACUGGUACGCAUCAUAUUUGAUAUUGGCAUGAAGUUGAUCUGAUGCAGAAACUGAUUAACUUGUCAUAUAUGGUUUGUAGCUCAGCAUGGAAAGAGGCAACUGGCGAUGCACAUUGUUCGGAUCAUAUGGGUAAUGCUAAUAGUUUGCCUACAUGUAAAAUCAUACCAGGAAUCAAUUUCUUCUUAGAUUUUGUUUUUUAAUCUACAACAUGUUUUUAAUUAUUAUAUUUGGAAAGAACUGAAUCAUUGUUUGAACUUGCCCAUGCUUAUUUAAUUACUAGAAAGUCUCGAAAAUUACUUAUUCAGAUAGGUGCUAUAAUUUUAUUAGGCUGUUAUUAUGCUGUGAAGUGUGUAGUUAUUACUGUUGUGUCUGUCAAACUAUUCAAAUUAAACUUCUAGCAAUAAUAAUAGAUGUGACCAAAUCAGGGAUUUACAUGUAGUUCAGCUCCGUAUUUAGCCUUUAUUAGCUACUGCUGGAUCAUUUUUAAGAAAUGUGCCAUAGUUAAUUUGAUUAAAUGGUUAAAGCUUGGCUUGACAAGUUAAAAGUUUGAUAUAUGUAUCAUCAAGAACUGACAUGUUUACAUGUGGAGAAAAUUGCUUGCGAAUGCUGCUCUGCAGUUUGCUGCAUAAUUGCUUUUCUGUGGUAUCAGGACAAAUGCUGCUUUUGUGCUACUAUGCUUUUUUGUAGGCCUCAGUCAUCAGAGCUGUAUCACAUAGUACAUUUUAUUUGUAUUUGAAAAGAGCCAUCAUUUAUGCUCAUGUUACCUCCUAGAAUAAAUUCUUUAGAAAUAAGAUUAAUCGUAAACGGCCAGCUAGGAGUUAGUGAAAAAAAAAAAAGAAAAACUUUUUUCAAGUCUAUCUUUAACUUAAAGUUUUUUUUUUUUUUUUUUUUGGAUAAAUAAGGGUUCUAAAAUAUAGUAAAAUCUCUCUUAUUAGAAUGAUAGAACAUUUAUAGGAACUUAUUUUGUCUGCUCACUUGUCAGUGAAGGUAGGGAGAGCAGAAGCAUGGCACUUCAAUGACUGAUUACCUGUGGAACUGAAUUAUUUCAGUAGUUUUGUCUAUGCUCAGCGUGUAUCAGGCCUGGUCUCUUGUGGCAUAAUCUUAAGCUCUUCCUAGCAUUGGAAAACUUACUGUUCUUUACCUAGGGUGGGAUUUUUGUGAUCUUCUGUUCAAAGCAGUUCUUGUUGCAUAGUCUCAAAUUGAUUUGAAAACAUUGUUUGAAAAGUGUGUUCCUUAUGUCCACUGCUCAUUUGCUCUCUGGAUGUUUUUUUUUUUUUUUCUUCUCUUGCUUACACUUUUAAAAAGUGAUUUGCAAGCCAGAUAUUUACAUCUGAAGAUUUGAAUCUUCACUUGAGCAAAGAUGCUUUAUAUAUACACCCAUGGACAGGAGGAGCAAUAGACAUUAGAAUUUAUUUUUUCAAAUACACAAUGCUAGGUUCUAUUUCAGUAGGAUAACAGUAAGCAGGGUUUGGACUAAGGAACACUGCUGCACAAAUGUGCUGUUUUAUAACUUGUAAUUAUCAAUAGUCAAAUAUCAGAUGUUUAUACUGAGGACUAUAUUUUAUAAUCAAAUGUAUUUUGGUGUCACAUGGAAGGUUAAUGUACAUGCAAGAUGUUUUUGACCAAGGCCAUGUGCAAUGCAGUUAACACACUGAAGGACAAAUAUUUUUUGACAAUCUUUUGGGGGUCUUUCAAAUCACUCAUCAAAAACUGUUGUUUGCAAAUAAACUUAAUUUUAUAAAACA